AUGAGCGGAGAUAAAGAAAAAAGUGCUAGAAAAAAAGUAACUUCUGUUGGAAAUGCUUGGAUAGUAACUCAAUCCAAAUCACACCCAGGUCUUGUUUACUAUUUCAAUACUGUUACCAGGGAAGCAGUAUGGAAUCUAAGUGAAUUAGAGAUAGAAAAAGCAAGAUUGGCAACACAAAUGCUUGAAUCCCACUCAGGAUCAAAACCAGCAUGCCCAGAACCUAAAGAUAAUCCACCUACACAGGAAAUAAGUAAUCAAUUUAAUAAUCCUGUAACCAAUCACCACGGGCAGAGAUUUGAAACUACUAUUUCUAAAAUUCCACAACAGGCAGACAACCUAUAUAGUGAACAAAAUCAACCUGAAGUAACUAUCAUUCAGACACAAAAACAACCCGGUGCAAUCUUUUCAACAAUGCCAAUGAGUAACUUAUCUUCAAUUGAUUUUAAUGCUCUGAAUAAUCAAAUCAAUGCAUUUAAUCUAAUUGGUACUCAAAAUGCUUAUAAUCCUACUGUGUGGACAUUGCCACAUGCACAGCAAUUUUUUGUUACUCCAACAAUACCACUUGUAAAUCAGAGCCAGGCCACAUUGAAUGUUGGAUAUAACCAAUUGUUACAAGAUCAUCAAGCAGGUGCACCAAGAUUUACACGUCUUAACAAUAUGCAGAAUGGGCGUCAUAGGUUUUUUCAGCCAAGAAAUACAGUUGGACGAGGUAGAUACCGCAAUAAGAGCCAGCCACCAUUACAUGCCACUGAUUUAAGGGAGCGAUUAUCUUCAAGAAGAAAAGAAAAAGAAGUACUUCCUUUGCAAACACAUAUUGAAGAUACACCAGUUCUUAAAUCAGCCAUAAAGAAAACAGCUGAUGUUAGCUCCUAUAUUGCAGAUAUAAUAGAAACAGUAUCUAAUAAUCAUGAUGAAGAGGAUGAAAAUGGUACUGAAAUUCAGAAAGAAGAAAUUAAAUCGAAUUUAGAUUUAACGCCUCUAAAAUCUCUUGCCAUGAAUGAUAAUCUGGAGAACUGGUAUAUUGUUGUAGAUUUUAAUGUACUUCUUGAGGAAUUUAAUUUUUUAAGUGAUUUGACUAAUUCAGAUGAAAAUUGCACCCUUUUGGUACCUAACAAUGUGAUGUCAGAACUUAAGGACUACGUAGCCUGCUCAAAUAAUAUUCCAGCUCGUUGUAUUUACUACUCUCUUCUGGAACGUAUUGAGAGUGGACGAGUAACUUUAGGGCAGGAACCAAGUGAAGAGUAUGAGAAUUCUAUUACUAAUCCAAUACUAAAAACUUGCUUCAGGCUAUUAGAAGAUAAUAUUCAUGUUAUACUACUUACCAAUGAUAAAGAGUUGUUAAGAUAUAAAAAGUUCAUUAAAGUUAAUAUGUUUACUGUGGAUGAGAUCAAAACCCUUUUAGAAUAUCCUAUUCACCAGCAGCGGCCAAAUCUCAAUACUCCAUUGUCACUCAAGAAUCUCAUUAAAAUUACUAUACCCAGCAAAAACCCACCAGCUACAGGGAAUGUUAGUCGAGAAAGUACUCAAAGGACAUCUGCCAUAGAAGAUGAACCACAUGCUGGUACUGUCAUUAAAGAAAUAGCACAUGUAAAAAAUGUGUCGGAUUCAGAAUUUCACAGAAGUAUUGAAGAAAAUCAAUCUGAUUUUCUUAGUAGACGGUUAAAAUAUGCAGUUGAUGCAGCCAUUCAAACAGAUACAGUGAUGGUUACCAAGGAGGGUCAAUCAGAUACAGUUAUCGAUGAAGUUAUUAAAACAAAUGUAAUAGAAUGUCCCAAUAAAACUGAGUCUAAAAAAGCAUCGCAACUACCCGUUAAACGAAGGGAAAUAAAACUUAAACGUAGUAUACCUAAUAAUACUGCACAAUCAAGUAAUACUGUUCAAGGCAAUGAAAAAAAAACAUUUAGGUGGCGGAGAAGGAGACGCCCUAGUUUUCAGGGUUCUGGGACAUCUAACAGUAAUAAAUUCCCUUGUGACUUACAAACCGAUCAAAAUGUUCAUUUAGGAGAUAAAAACUUAACAAUAAAAGAGGCAGAUACUGGAGUUGAUGAACAUUUAAGUCAAGUCUCAAAUAAUAACCAUGAAACAGAGUAUUCCUCAAAUUUAGAUGAAAUCGUCCAAAGUAGGGAUUCGAGUAUUUGUCUGAAUAAAACGAGAGAAAAUAUUACUAUUGAGGAAACAUCUACAUCAGGUGUUAUAUCAAACACGGAAAGUAAUGUGGACAGUGAAUAUCUAAAAUGCAAGGAUAGCCACCGUGCGGAGUCAUAUCAUGAAAGUAAGUCUAGUAACAGUCUUAUGCAUAUAGACAGUGAAAAUAUGGAGGAAAGUCUUAGAAUAAAAUGCGAAGAAUGGGUUUCUAGAUUUAUUCAGAUUAUGGAAGAGGUGUUGGCAGUUAUAUUACACAAAGAACCGGCGUUUGCAAAUUCAGCUCUAGCUCCACCGUGGACCUUACAUGAAGCAGCUCAAUGUAUUGGAAAGUAUACUACUGUUGCUGCUGUUAAGCAUGCCUCAGAUAAAUUAUCAAGAGUUCUCUUUGAUAUAAGUGACAGUAUGGGAAAAAUACCCUUGGACAUCACACCAGCUCAGUAUAUGGAAUUAUAUAAUAAUGGAGUGUCUUUACUCAAGGAAAUAAAAGCUAUUACAACUCACCAUGAGGAUAUUAAAAUUGCCGAAGAAUACUUGCAGAAGCUUUUGAUUGACAUUAAAAAUCCUCAUUAUGGUUUAAAUGAUUCUGAUAUUGAUCCACAAGAGAAUACUGAAAUGUCGGAUCCUCUUAACAAUUCCAUCGGUAGUACUGAUUCUCAAGGGAAUAAAAAGUCACGACUUGAUGUCCUAAAUCAAGCUGAAGAUAACCUUACGUGUCCAAGAAAAGCAUCGGCAGAGGAACCCUUACAGCAACCAAAACCUGUAAAAAUAAUAAGGAAUUUGGAUAUUAAGACGUCAUUUUUUUCAAGUUUGAAGCUACAGAAGGUGACUAGUGUGUCUCCUAUUCUAACUAAACGAAACAAGUUAUGUGAUAAACAAGGAGAUAGUGAACAAACUCAUGUAACUUUCUCCUCUGGCAAUCCUAAUGAUGAAAGUGAAAAGUCUUUGAUACAUUUUUCAAGUACAUUAAACACACCAAAUAUUAUCAGAAACUUCACAAAAUGUCCUGAAUUUGAAAAGAAGCUUAGAAAUGAGAUUGAUGUAAAUGAGUGUGAGGAGUAUGAUCAAUAUAAUGAAGAAGAUUAUGAAUAUAACUCGACGGAAUGUGGAUCUGAUGAAUUUGAUAUCUCCGACGAUGACGCAGUUCGAAGUGAUCCAAACGUCACUCAAAUGUCAGAGACGCCAGAAAUUGACAUGUCCCAGCACCUCGGAGCUAGUAGUCCGAAAUCGCUUGAUCUGUCAAUAGUUAAAAAUAAUAAUACAUUUAAAGUUAUGAUGCAUAUAUUUCUACAAGAAGUAAGGAAUGCUAUUAGGGAAGUUAAAGUUUUGUGUGAUAAAUGCUAUGCAGAGUUAAAAACCCCACAGCUACCGACAUUGCAGAGAAAUGAACUAAAAACUCAAAUCGAAAAUGCUCGUUCACAUAUCUUUGGUUUAUGUGUUUCAUUAGAAAGCAUGCUAGAUCGAGACCCUAAUGCGCCAACCGACAACAUACUGACUGUAUGCGAAAAAGCUGGUAUUGAUACGUCACACAUAGAUGACAAUCUUUUAUCAGAAUACUGGAAUACCAUCGCUAACUGUAAGAAAAACGCAGAUAUUUUCCUGUUUUCAAUACAAGAAAUAAUUGCUGCUUUUAAGCCUCUUAGUGAUUAA